AUGCCUUCGCCCUCAAACUCAACGGCCUUGCCGCCACAGUAUCCCGCCACAUACUCGGGAAUCCCAGAGAGACUAUUGCACAAAGCCGUCCGAGAGAAGUCAAGGCUGUGGACGAACCAAUCGAAGGAAGACCAAACUCCAAGGAAGAGAGGCUUGGCCAUCCCUGCUGGUAUUGGGCGUUCGGAGUUUUUAAAAGCAAUAGAUGAGUUGGCGACAGCCCUCGGGAAAGAACACGUUGUGUUGAACGAUCAGCCCCUCGAGGAUGGAUGGUAUCUGGAGCAUCCAAAUACGCACGAUUCUUAUAUGAUCAUGGACACGGAAGAGACAGUAUCGUCAGCAUGUGUCUUUCCAGGCAGCGUGGCGGAUGUUCAACUGGUGGUGAAGUGGGCCAACCAGCAUCUCGUGCCCUUAUACCCGAUCUCCAUGGGUCGAAACUUGGGCUAUGGUGGUGCCGCACCACGCGUGCGUGGAUCGGUUAUUGUUGAUCUAGGCAGACGGAUGAACAAGAUCUUGGGCAUUGAUCCGGAUGACUGCACUUGUCUGGUCGAGCCGGGAGUAUCCUUCUACGCACUAUACGAGGAGAUAAAGAAGAGGGGAUACAACAUGUGGGUGGAUACGCCGGAUCUUGGGGGUGGGUCAAUCAUUGGAAACACUCUCGAGCACGGAGUCGGCUAUACGCCAUAUGGGGAUCACUGGUCAACUCAUUCGGGCCUGGAGGUAGUUCUUCCGACUGGUGAUCUGCUGCGAACAGGCAUGGGGGCUCUGCCUGGCAACAACACCUGGCAAACAUUUCCUUACGGAUUUGGGCCGAUAUCAGAUGGAAUAUUUUCUCAGUCGAACUUUGGAAUUGUCACAAAGAUGGGCGUUGCCUUGAUGCCAGAUCCAGGCGGCUGUGAGAGUUUUAUGUACACCUUUCAACGCGAAGAUGACUUGCUGCCGUUGAUCGAUAUUGUUCGGCCCAUGAGGAUUGCUAAUUUGCUCGAGAACGUCGCCCAAAUCAGACACAGCACUAUUGAGCUGGCAGUUUCAGGCUCCCGCGCUCGCAUUACUAUCAAGGCAACGACACUACCGAAGGACCACUACUUCUGGUCCCGCGCCAAAAUUGCUGGGGGCGAACCGGACUUCGAAGAGCUUUCGUACAUGAACUGGGUGCCGAAUGGAGGCCAUCUAGGGUUCAGCCCUGUUUCACCCACUCGAGGCCCUGACGCCCUGAAAUUAUGGAAGAUAGCCAAGAGGAGGCACGACGAGCACGCAAUUGAUCUCUUUAUUGCAUUUUGCGUGGGAUUGAGGGAGCUCCACAUGAUCAAUCUUAUUGUCUAUGAUCGAGGCAGCUCCGAGAGGAGAAAGGCUGUCGAAAAUUGCAUGCGGUCGAUGAUCGAAGAUGCAGCCAAACAAGGUUACGGAGAAUAUCGCACCCAUCUUCUCUUUCAAGACCAAGUCGCCCGGACUUACAACUGGAACGACAAUGCUCUCAUGAAGUUCAACGAGAGACUCAAGGACGCUCUCGACCCGAAUGGGAUCCUUGCCCCAGGGAGAUGUGGUAUCUGGCCUGAGCGCUAUCGAGGGCGAGGCUGGGAAAUCGGCAGGGAAGGAAGGGAAACUUCCGAAGGGGAUGGCGUCCGGCCGGCUGGGGCAAGUUUAAAGCUAUGA